UUAUGGCCACCUUGUAUACAGUAUUAGCUGUAGCUUGGCUAUUCUAUAAAGUAACUCCCGCCUCGACAUCUUGUUUACCCGGCUGCUCUUGCACAAAUGAUAACUUGGGAAGAUCCUUACUUUGUAUGGAAACAGCCAUGGGACGAAUCCCAGACAACGUCCCAAAUUAUUUCAGUAAAAUUCGAAUAGAAAAUUCCCACCUGACCGAAUUACCGAGCGGCUCCUUCUCUAAAGUCACUGCCUUGGCGUCUCUAUGGUUGAAUUUCAACGACAUCACCCUAAUGAACAUCGAGAGUCUGGAGGGGCUGACGAAUUUAACGGAACUGCGGCUCCAGGGAAACAAGCUGCGUUCAGUCCCAUGGACAGCGUUCCAGGACACGCCGAACCUGAACAUUUUGGACCUGAAACUCAAUCGACUAGACGUGCUCCCGGAAUCCGCCCUGAGACAACUACCGGGCUUGACCUAUUUAGACUUAUCCUUCAAUCAGCUUACUGUCAUAUCCAGGGAUGUCUUCCUCAACUGGCCUCUCCUCAACACUCAGGAGAGAAAAGGAGGUACAGAGCCCAGCAGUGGAGAGGCCAACGUUGUUUUAGCGCUGCACGACAACCCUUGGCUGUGUGACUGUCGCCUCAAAGGUUUCGUUGAGUUUAUCAAAACCGUUAGUCCGCCUCUAAUUCUGAUGAACUCGUACCUGACGUGCACGGGCCCCAGUUCCAGAGCGGGAAAGUUCUUCCACGAAGUCGGUUUGAAAACAUGCAUGAAUCCCGAGGCCUCAGCCACAGAAACCAACAUGACUGUGUCACUGGGGGACAAGGUAACCCUCCGGUGCUUGGUCAAAGCCAGGCCUGAACCCUCCAUCCAUUGGUCAUUCAACCUGAAGAUUAUAAAGGGAUUUACUGUGGCAGAGAGCCGUGUGGACGAUGAGACCAUCAGAUCUCAGCUGGUCAUCCCAUCCAUGCACCUGGAAGACCGAGGUGUCUACACCUGCUUCGCCAACAACUUUAUCGGCAACUUCUCCGUCAGUUUCCUGAUCAACAUCAAGUCUUUCAACGCCUCCUCCUCCUCCGGCGGUGCCGCCAUGUCUCGUCCCCCGUUCCCCCUGUCCUCAGCCGACGAGAACGUCUACAUUGACAUCCGCAUCUCCAAGCAGACGGUCUACGGCAUCACUCUGGAGUGGUACGCGGCGACGGACAACCCUGCAGAGACCUGGUUCACCAUCCACUUGGGGAAAUACCACUCUGACAAAAAGGAGUUGACAUACAUCGGGCCGGGCAUCAACACCUAUGAGGUCAACGACCUCCUACCGGUUAGUAAAUACGAGGUGUGUGUGACACUGAAGAACCAGACACCCCGCGCCGGUCAGUGCAUCGUGUUCUUAACAGGAAGUGACAUCAGCCAGCUGGAACAACGGGAGAAGUUCAUCCAUAUUAUUGUGAUCAUGUGUGCCAUGGUGCUGGCGGUGCCCGUGGGGAUGUACGCCUGCACCACCGACACCAGAUGUAAGUUCAGCUGCCUGGACCGCUGUACUGAGCAGUGUAAGAGGAGGAGGAGGCAGGAGAAGACACUGAGGACCAAUGGGGAGAGACAGGGGACCUUCGACAGCCUCCAGGCCGCCAGCGAUGAAGGACUCUGUCGUGACUCUGAAGAGUUGAUGAUGAAGAGGAGGUCCUCCCAGGAUAAAAACAACCACAAGGGCAGAGUACAAGAUCCACAAGAGACAAACAUUGGAGCAAAGCUUUAUUAGCUCUAGGUUUAACGUUAAAAAAUGAAAAAAAUGUAAUGUACUAAGAUACCUAGUGGUAGAAAUGCAGAGCAGUCUUCUGUGAAGUGAAGCUUCAGGAAACACAUUUUUUACCUUUAUUUAACCAGGCAAGUCAGUUAAGAACAAAUUCUUAUUUUCAAUGACGGCCUGGGAACAGUGGGGUUAACUGCCUGUUCAGGGGCAGAACGACAGAUUUUUAACUUGUCAGCUCGGGGGUUUGAACUUGCAACCUUCCGGUUACUUGUCCAACACUCUUAACCACUAGGCUACCCUGCCACCUCUACACUCUAACCACUAGGCUACCCUGCCGCCUCUACACUCUAACCACUAGGCUACCCUGCCGCCUCUACACUCUAACCACUAGGCUACCCUGCCAC